CCACCUAAGUAAUAUAAUAAUUUGGUCAGUUUUUGAGUUGGGUCACAUUAAUUACAAAAAUGGGUCACUUUUCUCUUGCUUAUUAGGAUUUUUUUAUUUCUUUUCUUUUGACAGGGAUAGGAAAUAGAGAGGAAAGAAAGAAAGCAAGGAGGAAGGAAAGAAAGAAACAGAGAGAGGGAGGGAAGGAUGGGAUGGCUCUUGUGAAGGAGAGGAAGGGAUCUGAUCUUUCCUUUUCGCGUUGAAUUCUUCCCUUUUGCCUUUUUGUGUGUUUUUCACACACAGCACAACACAUUUUGCUUUGCAUACAUACACAUACACAUACAUACAUGCAAGAUUUGAAGAUAUACACACACUUCUUGUUGUUGUGAGAGAGAGGGAGAGGUUGAGAUAAAGGAAAGGAAAGAAAAAAAGAAAAAAAAAAAAGAAAAAGGAAAGAGAGAAAAAGAAACAAGCAACAAGAAAGAAAAGCUGGAUGGAUAGAUCCCAUAAGAGAAGAAGAACAAGGAAAAGCAAAACUAGAAGAAGAAGAAGGAAAGAAAGCUAAAAAGCUUUUAAAAGCUAAAUCCACUUCCACUUUGUUGAUUCUUUUGUUUGUGUUUUGUUUUGUAGACUUUUGGGUCCUAUUCUUGAUUGUUUUCUUUCUUCUCCUUCUCAUCUUUUCACCCUGAGAAAAGAAACAAAGUCCUUUUUUUCUUUUGUUUUCACAAAACAAAAUCAAUCAAAUUAAAACAAAAUCAAAAGAAAGAGCCAAUCUUUUCACACACUCUUUUCUUGAUUGCCUAGCUCCAUUUCAUUCUUUAUUUUGUUGAAUUUUGAUAAAGAGAAAGAAAUGAGAGCUGGCCUAAGUACCAUCCAGCAAACACUCACCCCAGAGGCGGCGAGCGUUUUAAACCACUCGAUUGCAGAAGCAACUCGCCGGAAUCAUGGUCAAACGACACCGCUUCAUGUUGCCGCCACUCUAUUAUCUUCUCCAUCUGGGUUCCUGAGGCAAGCUUGUAUCAAAUCACAUCCGAACUCUUCGCACCCACUUCAGUGCAGAGCUUUAGAGCUUUGCUUCAGUGUUGCUCUUGAGCGAUUGCCGACUGCACAAAAUCUUAGUCCUGGUCACGACCCACCAAUCUCUAAUGCAUUAAUGGCUGCUCUAAAGCGUGCUCAAGCUCAUCAAAGAAGGGGUUGUCCCGAACAACAGCAGCAGCCUUUGUUAGCAGUGAAAGUUGAGCUUGAACAGUUAAUUAUAUCAAUUUUAGAUGAUCCAAGUGUUAGUAGAGUUAUGAGAGAAGCUAGUUUUUCUAGUCCUGCUGUUAAGGCUACAAUUGAACAGUCUUUGUCUAUGAACUCAUCUUCUAAUUCUUCUUCUGGUGCUGGUGGUGGCGGUGGCGGUGUUGGUGGUUGCGGUGUCUCUAAUUCGAGUUCUUUUGGAUUUGGGUUUCGUACACCUGGUGCAGUCAUGCAAGUGCCAGUACCUGGACAUGCUACAGCGAAUCGGAAUUUGUAUGUUAAUCCAAGAUUGCAACAAGGGAGUGUAGCGCAAUCUGGGCAGCAAAGAAAUGAGGAGGUUAAGAGAGUUGUUGAUAUUUUGUUAAAGAAUAAGAAGAGGAAUCCUGUUCUUGUUGGUGAAUCGGAGCCGGAGAUGGUUGUUAAGGAGUUGUUGAAAAGAAUAGAGAAUAAAGAAAUAGGAGAAGGGUUGUUAAAGAACGUUCAUGUGAUUCAUUUGGAAAAGGAUUUUCUUGAUAAAGCACAAAUAUCAUCAAAGAUUGUAGAAUUAGGAGAUUCGAUUGAGACAAGGAUUGGGGAUUUGGACUGCGGAGGGGUAAUUCUUGAUUUGGGGGAUUUGAAAUGGUUAGUUGAGCAGGCUGUGAGUUUUCCAGCUACUGCUGGUGUCCAGCAACAGCAGCAGAUUGUUUCUGACGCUGGCAAGGUGGCCGUGUCAGAGAUGGGGAAACUUUUGACAAGGUUUGGAGAGAGGAGUAAUGGAAGGGUUUGGCUCAUUGGAACUGCUACUUGUGAGACAUAUUUGAGGUGCCAAGUCUAUCAUCCUUCCAUGGAAAAUGAUUGGGAUCUGCAAGCAGUGCCAAUUGCACCUAGAGCACCUCUUCCAGGAAUGUUUCCUAGGCUUGGACCAAAUGGGAUUCUUAGCAGCUCAGUCGAGUCUUUAUCACCUUUAAAGGGCUUUCCAACUGUUACACCUGCUCUGCUGAGACGUCCUACUGAGAACUUUGAUCCUGCUCGAAGAACGAGUUGUUGUCCGCAGUGCAUGCAGAGUUAUGAGCAAGAGCUUGCCAAAAUUACGCCAAAAGAGUCUGAGAGAUCUUCUUCAGAGCUUAAAUCAGAAGCUACUCAAACACUAUUGCCUCAGUGGUUGAAAAAUGCCAAGUCUCAAGACAUUGACACUAAAUCAUUCGAUCAGACAGCGACUAAGGAUCAAGAAUUAAUGUCGAAGCAGAAGAGUGUAGAGUUGCAGAAGAAAUGGCAUGAUACAUGCUUGCGUCUUCAUCCUGGUUAUCAUCAGCCCAAUGUUGUCUCUGAGAGAAUAACACAACCAGCUCUCUCUAUGACAAACUUGUACAAUCCAAACUUGCAUGCCCGCCAACCUUUCCAGCCCAAGUUAGGGUUGAAUAGAAAUCUUGGUGGAACUCCACAAUUGAACUCCAAAAUUUGUGGAACUCCACAAUUGAACCCACAAUUAAACUCCACAAUUGAUCGAUCACCACAGUCGCCAAGUCAAUCACAUGGUCAGGCAGUUACUCCACCAGGAAGCCCUGUGAGGACAGACCUGGUUCUUGGGCAGGCAAAGAGCAAAGAAAACACUCCUGAGAUAGGACAUGGAGAGCGCACUAAAGACUUUUUGGGUCGUGUUGCUUCUGAGCCACAACCCAAGUUGACUGAAUUGCAAGCCAUCAAGCUCCUAAAUGCAUUAGAUGCCGACUCAUUUAAAAGGCUCCUCAGGGGUCUUCUUGAAAAGGUGUGGUGGCAGCGAGAUGCAGCAUCUGCAGUGGCAACAACUGUGACUCGAUGCAAAUUGGGCAAUGGUAAACAGCGUGGUAACAGUUCAAAGGGUGACAUUUGGCUAUUAUUCACAGGUCCAGACAGGGUUGGCAAGAAGAAGAUGGCAUCGGCUCUAUCAGAUCUAGUUUAUGGGAGCAAUCCUAUAAUGGUUUCUCUUGGUUCAUGUCGUGAUGAUAGGGAAUCUGAUGUAAAUUUCCGUGGUAAAACAGCAGUUGAUCGAAUAGUAGAGGCUGUUAGGAGGAAUCCUUUUUCAGUAAUCAUGCUUGAGGACAUUGAUGAAGCAGAUAUGAUUGUCCGUGGGAGCAUCAAGCGGGCCAUGGAGAGAGGACGACUUUCUGAUUCCCAUGGCCGUGAAAUUAGUCUUGGAAAUGUGAUCUUCAUUCUCACAGCAAAUUGGUUACCAGACAAUCUGAAAUUCCUGUCAAACGGUACCUCACUUGAUGAAACGAAGCUUGCCAGUUUGGUAAGUGGAGGGUGGCAAUUAAGACUAUCCCUUUGCGAGAAAACAGCAAAACGUCGAGCCAGUUGGCUGCAUGACGAAGUGAGACCUGCAAAGCCAAGGAAAGACUCAGGACUAUCAUUCGACUUGAAUGAAGCUGCUGAUGCUGAGGAGGAUAAAGCUGAUGGUUCUCGAAACUCCAGUGAUCUCACAAUUGAUCAUGAAGAUGAACAAUCCCUAAAUAACAGACUACUAACGCCCACAACUUCAUCAGUAUCUAGAGAGCUGCUCAAAUCUGUAGAUGAUAAUAUAGUUUUCAAAUCGGUGGAUCUAGGCUCCCUUCGAUCUGAGAUUUCUAAUUCUGUAACCAAGAAGUUCUCCACCAUUAUCAGUGAAGGACUCUCAUUGGACAUUCAAGACGAUGCGCUCGAAAAGAUUGCUGCUGGACUAUGGUUAAGCAGAGGAAGUUUAGAAGAAUGGACUGAGGAAGCAUUAGUUCCAAGCAUCCGCCAGCUCAAAUUAAAGUUACCAACAUAUGGUGAAGAAUCCAGGGUUAUCCGGCUCGAGCCGGAUGGUGACUCGGGUAGCCGGAGCGAUGGGGAUUGGCUGCCGAGCAGCAUAAGAGUGGCGGUUGAUGGGUUGUGAGGCAUGUAGUAGUAGUCAUUUCCUGUUGGAUAGAGUUGUAAAUAUGGUUCAACUGUUUUUGGCGGGUGGUGAAAACUGAAAAAAGUUUGAAAGGGGUAAGGAAAGGGAAAAAAACAAAAAGAAAAAAAGAAAGAAAAGAAAAACAGUUAGUGAAAAGGGAGACGUUGAUAGAUUAACGGAACCUUUCGCCAACCAAAGUAAAGUCUCACCCUUUCUUUUCUUACAGUUAUUAUUUUAUUUCUUUACCACCAUAAUGUCUUUUUUUUUUUUUUUUUUCCAAUUAUUAUUUCUUUCUUCUUGUUAUAGAAAUAUUAUAGUAAUUUUACCAUAGAUAAUUUAUUAUUUACUUACAUAGUGGACCAUUAAUUAAAGUGAGGCAUUCCUCUUGUUCUA